AUGGAGGUGCACCAGCUGGUUCAGUUCGUGCAGGUGCAGGAGGUGCACCAGUACCAGGAGGUGGUGCACGUGCACAACGAGGAGGCGGCAUGGGAGGGCCGAAGCCGGUGCUGCGGCGCCGGGCCGGUCAUGCAGAGAUUCAUGGGCGGCGGCCGGAAGUACUCCAAGGCCGCGAUCGGCCCGGGCAGCCAGUGGCUGGCCAACCCGAUCUACACACCGCCGGAGCAUCCCCCCCCCGUGGACAGCAUCCGCCAGAUGGAGUGCCCCCUGCGCACCGUGGCCAAGCACUUGUCCCGGGUGUCGCGUCGCAGCCUGGACAGAUCGUCAUCGGCCGCCAGAUCUGCGUCCUCCUCUAGCUUUCAAGACUCCGUCCGGGUGACGGGCGAGGAGGGCCUGGUGUGGUCGUGCAACCCCGUCUUCGCGGAUGAGCAGGGCGUGCCUUGGGGCCUGGGCCCGGAGGGCGGGGUGCCGCCCUCCCGGCACCCCGCGCGGCUGUCUUCAAGAAUAAGCCGGACGUCCCGGAUCAGCUCGGCUUUCGACGCGGAGCUGUCGCCACUGCCAAGGAUCAAGACCAGCCACGAGAGGGAGCUGACGGACGACUCCGCGAAGGAGCUGGCCACUGGCGCGCUGAGUGGCGUGUCUCCGGUCGUGUCGGGCUUUAUGUCGAGCAGGGACCCCCGCGAUUUCGACUCUGCGAACAUGAGCUACAUGGCGGACUGGCUGUGCCCGGAUGACUUGCGCAGCAGGGCCCUGCGGCUUUCCCCCAGGCCUGCGGGCCGCCAGGGGGGCGUCCACGCGGGCCCGGGGCGGGACUCGUGCAUGGAUGAGCUCAUACACAGGCUGGAGGAGAGCAGCUGGUCGAAGAUCGGGAAGCUUCGCAGCGACAUUGAGGACAAGCAGGGGGAGAUCGCGUCUUUGAUCGACGCGGUGUCUGACGGGACGUCCCAGCGCAGGAAGAUAAGGUCGUUCCCGUUGCCGGACGCCCUGGCCCAGAUCCACGAGCUGCGGGAGAUGAUACAGCAGAUGGACUGCGUGAUCGCCAAGCUGUACCAGGACAUCGCGCGCGAGAUAGCGGCGCUGGCGAAGAUGGGGAACGCGAUGAAGACGCCGAGGGCGUCGGUGCCCUGGCACGUGUCGGGCGCGCAGGCGAUGACACCGUGGCCCAUGAGCAGCGGCGCGGUGCGCAAGCAGAGGCUCUCUUCUGGGUCCCGUCGACGCUCGAUCAAGGGGCCGCCCAGGCAGGACUCGUUGGAGGGCGAGACGCUCAGCCGCCUGGAGGUGCAGGUCCAGGUCCUGGCGGAGCAGCUCCACGUGCUGCAGGACAAGGUGCGUGACCAGAAGAUGCGGCGCUCGGCGGGCCACAGGUCCGAACACGCUGCCGCCAAGCACAAGUCUGAUCGCCGGGCGUCCAGGAAGAGGGCGGAGAUCCCCGCGGCCAAGAACGGCCCCCCAGCGGACGAGGCGGCUGUGCGCCCCGCGAUCGCAGUUGCCGAUUCGGUGGACCGACCCUUGGAGCCAUUUGCCGAGGUCCAGGUGGUGGUUUCCGCCGAAGAGGAGGAUGAAGUCGCCGCCGAAGAGGAGGAAGAAAUCGCCGCCGACGGCAGCGGUGAUGCCGGGAUUGCCGAAGGGGGAUCUACGCCGCGCUCCGCAGCUUCAUCGGACGGCGCCGACGCGGCCAGCGUGGUGGAGAGGGGAUCGGACGCCUCCGACGUCUCCGGCACCUACGAGAUCGUCCUCAACCCGUUUUUUGAUGACGGCGACAACCCGAUCUUCGAGGAUGAUGUGGACGACGCCCGGAUGCCGCCGCUCUUCGACGGCUGCUGGCGGCAGGAGCGGUUCUGGCCCACCGGGGGGCAGUUCGACUCCAUCGCCGCGCUGCAGGCGCUGGUGGCCGAGAGCGACGCGGAGAUCGCGCGGCUGACUGCGGAGAUUGGGGGAGGCGUUGGGUACUACGCGCCGGUGUACUAUGCAGCUGAGCCGGUGGGAGUUGCGGGAUUCAUGCACAGGAACCCGGUUUUCGACGGGCAGGGGCCGUACGAGCAGGGCGUCGUGGUGGUGUGA